AUCUGUGCAAAUCCUUAGGGGCAUUAGGCAAAUCAGUUCCUGACUUGGCAGCAGCAGCAGCAGCAGCAUUUUAAUUGCAACUGGUGAACCGUAAGCCUUAAGCUGGCGCUCAAGGUCAGAAAGCACCUCGCCUCAUACUCGCCCACACUGCUGAGCGCCGCGUUCACCAGCCUGAACAGCGCCUAUCACAGCAGCAGUGACACCGCACCGGACGAGGAGCCGGAGCCCAGCCUCAGCCCAGCGCACCGCCAACGCCAGCGACAGCGUCAGAACAGCCACAGCCACAGCCAGAGGGAUCGACACAGCGGCGACAUGGGCGGGCCGACGCCAGUGGCCGGCAACGAGGGUCAGACAUAUUGCCUGCGCUGGAACAAUCAUCAGACGAACCUGGUGCAGAUACUGCACGCCCUGCACGAGGUGGGCAGCUAUGUGGACUGCACCCUGGUCGUCGACGAUGAACAGUUCAAGGCGCAUCGCGUUGUGCUCGCGGCCAAUUCGCCCUACUUUCAGGCCAUACUGCAGGAGGUGCCGCAGGAUCAGUGCAGCAUCAUACUGCCGGGUGUGAAGGGCUUCGAAAUUGCCGCCCUGCUGCAGUACAUGUACACGGGCGAGACGACUGUGACCAAGAGUCAGGAGCCAGAGAUAUUGCGCACCGCCAAGGAGCUGCAGGUGAAGGGCCUCUACGACAAUCUCAUGAAGUUCAAUCACAAUCACAAGGCAUCCGGCAGUCCGGUCGAGGAGCGCCCACACAAUCAUCAGUUCCAGGGCAGCACAUCCGGUGCACAUCCGCAUCCGCAUUCGCAUUCGCAUCCGCAUUCUGCCCCUACCUCCAGCUGUUCCAGCAGCAAGCCGCUCAAUGGCGCCGGCACUGAUGGCUCCUAUGGCACGCACCAUCAUGGCCAUCACAAUUCCUCCUCCGUGAUCUCAACGUCCACGCAUAUAUCACCCAGUGCGGCCAUCUCGAGCAGCUGCUCGCCGCCACCCCCGCCGUUUGGCUCGUAUCAAACGCCCUACACGAGCUUUCCGGCCUCCAGCGGGGUGCCCAUCAACAUCAACGCUCACAUAUCCGCCGGCGAGGCACCGCUGACGCCCACACACUCAACGCCCCAUCCAGCUGCCGGCGAGGCUGGCCAAUGGCCGCUGUCGCCCUCGGCCGCGGCGGCGGCAAUGCUCAAUUCCGUGUAUGAGUCGGCGGCGGACAUGAAUCCGCUCAAGCGCAAGAAGCUGUCGGCCAUUUCGAGCAUGCUGUUGAACACCACACGGGACACGCCCAUUCUGCGCAAUGUGCUCGCCCAGGCUAAUCCGCCGGACUCCUCGCAGCCCAAUCCCCAGCAGCUGCUGCUGCCCGGCGUCAAGCCAGCCGCCGAGAAGACACCUACACAUCAGCAUCAGCAUCAGCAUUCGCAUCAGCUGGGCAGCGGCAGCGCUGCGGGCGCUGGCAGCCACAGCUUCAAUGGGUCCGACUAUGGCGGCGACAAGGAGCCGUUGUCGCCGCACACGGAUCGCUCCUUCGACGAGGAGACAGGCGGUCAGGGCGGCAAGAAGCCGGAAUGGAAGCGCUACAAGCAAUACACCCGGGCGGACAUGAUGUGCGCCAUCCAGUGUGUGCGCGAGGGCAUGAGCGCCCUUCAGGCCAGCCGCAAGUUUGGUCUGCCCAGCCGCACGUUGUACGAUAAGGUGCGCAAGCUGAACAUCACCACCGGCCGUGGCACCCAUCGCACGCCCAAGCGCAGCCCACCUGGCGUCGGAGGCGUCGAGUCGUCGGCCGCAUUCCCCUAUUCGGCUGCGGCCGCAGCUGCGGCGGCUGCUCACAACUACGGCCAGACGGAGCUGGAGCGCGAGCCGAAGGAGCACGGACAUGGCCAGAGCGCUGGGCACGCCCAUGCCCAUGCCGGGCAUCAUGGUAUGCCGCCCACCAUUCCGCAUUCGGCUGCUGCGCUGCUGGAUCACGCCUUCCUGCAGCAGGCGCUAGAGAAUCGUGGCGGCGAUAUUGCAGGUCGGGAGGCGCUGCACGCCAUGGCCCUGGCGGCAGCCGCACACGCGGCAGCCAAUCGCAUGUCCAGCAGUCCGCCGGGCUCCAAUGGCCAUGCGGCCCGUUCGCCCAGCCACUAUGCCGAGCAGGAGGCGCUGGACAAGCACGAGCAUCGUCAUAUCAAGCGCGAGGCCAUUGAGGAAGAGCGUGACGCCGACGACGAGGAUGAUCACGACCAGGUGGAGGAUCUGUCGCUGGCACGCAAAGAGCGUCCCGAGUCACCCUACUCGCCGCCCCCGCCGCGCGCUGCCUCGCCCAUGGAGAGCGCCAGCGUAAUCAUGCACUCCAACUCGGCGUCGGUCUCAACGAAUGGCAAAGAGGCGCACGAGCUGGAGCCAGAGCAGGAGCAGGACCACGAGCUGGAGGACUACAGCGAGGCGGCAUCGCCAGCAUCGCAGCCCCUGAGCAUGGGCGUGGGCCUGAAGCGCGAGCUCCUCGGCAGCGACGAGGCACAGGCGCGCACCGACUGAUUGAUGCUAACGAUGGCCUGGCAGUAUGCGGCCGAUAGCCACGAUUCCAUAUUCUAGGCCAAUCCUUGACGCAACCAAACCAACCCACCAACCCACCAACCCACCCAUUUUACUUACCACACUCUGUGUAUAUCCCCAUCCAUUCGUUUCUCUGGUUCGGCGUACAACGUGCAAACUUAUUUGUUGUGUUCUCAUCAUCGACAUGCCUCGGCAACGAUUUAGCGGUAGUGAAGCUUUAAUGACCCAUUCUAUCCCGGAAUACCCACCCCGGCACCGACCCGCAAGCAGGGCAAGA